GCACGGAAACGUUGGCAAACUUCUUUCAUUACAACGUAAAAAUUGCUAAUUUCAUGGUCAUCUGCCAACCAUCUCACGGUCUUGAAGUGAAGAAAGAAUUUUGUACGACAAAAGGAGAACAUUUUGUGUACAACAAGCAAAAAGAGUGACAAAUUCUUCCUAAAUCGGGUUUAUAUGAACAAUAAACGACUGCAGAAAUAAUUUUUAUUCAAGUUGGUUUAGUGGAAGCGUGAAAUUAAAAUGUCAACUCCUGCCAGAAGACGCCUGAUGAGAGAUUUUAAACGUUUACAAGAGGACCCACCCACUGGUGUAUCGGGAGCUCCUACUGACAAUAACAUUAUGAUCUGGAAUGCUGUGAUAUUCGGACCUCACGACACUCCAUUUGAAGACGGCACCUUUAAACUCACAAUAGAAUUUACAGAAGAAUAUCCAAACAAACCUCCCACAGUGAGAUUUGUGUCAAAAAUGUUUCACCCGAAUGUAUAUGCUGAUGGGGGUAUAUGUUUAGACAUCCUGCAAAACAGAUGGAGCCCUACAUAUGAUGUUUCAGCUAUUUUAACUUCUAUACAGUCGUUACUCAGUGACCCAAACCCCAAUUCACCUGCUAACUCAAUGGCUGCACAACUGUACAAGGAGAACAGGAGGGAAUAUGAAAAACGGGUGAAAGCUUGUGUAGAACAAUCGUUUAUCGACUAGCAGGGACAAGCAGGACCAGACAGCACUGAAGUUAUCGCAUCACGCGAGUGCGCUAAGCGAGACAGCCAAUACCUCCAUAAUAUAUUAAUUCAUUGGGACAGAUGUAAAAAUUUAACAUGUAUUUACCAUCUUUCCUUUGAAGCUCUGGUAGUGCAAGCAAGGUUUUGUCAUGAAAUCAGAAACCAUCACAAAAUAAUAUCAUUUGUUGUAUUAAAAAAAACUAAAGUUUUGUUAAAUGAUAUGAAUUUUUUGUUAAAUGCACAUUGAUAAAAUUACCAUUUUCUAAUUUUUCAUGUAUUUUUUUUAAAUUUGUAAAUUACUUUAUCUAAGCUAUUGAAUCAAACCACAAUAAUCAAUUGUAAGGAGAUAAUGUACACUGUAAAUUAUUUCCUUCACAUAAUCAUGUAUAGCUGCAUAGUUAUUUGUAAUGGUGUGUAUAAGAAUGGCUGGUUUUAACUCCAAAUGAAUGAUUAUUGUUUGGGUUCGGUGGGUACAUACGCUAUCUAACAUUGGCAUUAUAUUAAUUCAAUCAUAUUUCAUUACCAAACUACAACACUAAGCCAUAAUAACUUUGAUUUUGUUAUAACUUCACAUUAGGGCAUGUUUAUGUUUACCUCUUUGAACAGUGUUUACCUAUAAUAGUACAAGUGAUUUAGUAUGCUUUAUACAAAACUCUUAUUGCUAUGAAUGUUAUCAUUCUGCUGCACAAAAUUACGCAAAAACUAAUUCACAUGAAACUAGUGUCCCAAUGGAUAUUUGUGCAUCUAUGUGUAGCAGUUUUCUUGUUUUCUAAUAAUGCUAUAAUAUAAAAAUGUCUUUGUUUUGCGGCAAGGAUAUUUUACUUUUAUGUGUAAUAUUUUGUCUUCUAGUAAAAUAUUAUUUUCGGUUUUA